AUGCGCUUCAUCAACUUGAGUGGCCUCAUCCUGGCCGGUAUCACUGUCGUAUCCGCUGCAAACUCCAGCUGUGCGCCCUCGUCUGGUGACGCGAAAGUGCUCGAACUUGCCUGGGGGAUCUCGGAUUUCCUCAGUGGAUUCUACAACAACACCGUCAACUCGACCUUCUCUCCCACCUCGAGCAACGCCAGCAUUGUCGCCUAUCAACGCGUUCUCCUCGGCGUUGAGAAGGACAACCAACUCGGCAUCCAAGCUAUCGAGAAGGUUGGCGCCAAAGCCCCGGGAUUCAAGGCGCUUCAAUGCGACUACACCUAUCCCACUGUCAGCGGCCCAUCUGCCUGGGCUCAGUGGAGCUACCGAUUUGAGUCCACUCUCACUGGUGCUUUCAUCGGCCUGGCUGGCUACACUCAGUCCCCCGAGGUUUCUUUCCUGCUGGCUCGUCUGGCUGCUGAGCACAGCGCUCACGCUACUCUGAUCGGAGGCCGUGUGAACUCCACACUCUUUGCUUCGAACACGACAUCCUUGGUCUCGGCAUACGGUCCCAACCAGGUUCUGUCCACCACCAACUCCACCGGUAGCCUGGGACAAUUCCUCGGAGGCUGUCUCAAAGCCCCUAGCAGCCCUUGCGGAACCGAGAAUAUUGGACCUUUGGUCGCCACCAUCACUCCCUCGAGUGCCGCAGGUAGCUCUUCUGCCAUGGCUAGCAGCACCCCCAUGAGCUCGGGAGGUAGCUCUUCUACUGCAGCCAGCAGCUCUUCCACUGCGGCCAGCAGCACUUCCUCCUAG